AUCUUGUCAUGCCAGAUGUCAAGUGGACUGGGAUUAAUUCCCUGCGGGUCUUCCUUCUUAUAUCCAUAUUACCAAAGAUAUUUUAUUACUGUCCUUCUCAACACUCUGAUCUCACUAAAAGGGGUGGGGUGAGCUGCCCCUUCCCGUGACGUCAUUCCCCGUCUGUUGCAGAGCGGUUCUGUUCUCUUGCGGCUGUGCUGUCUCUGUGCUCGUGGUCAGAACAGUCUCAUUAAUAAUGAAUGCACAGAGAAGGAUGCACAAAUGUAUUUUGUGCGACCAGCGCCCCCCAGCAGAUGGCGACCGCCUCCAUGGCCUCCUUCAGCAUCCUCUAUUCUCAUAAGAUCCCUCCUGACUCCGGAACACAGCGGACAUCCUCUGUUCUCCAUGAGAUCCGUCUCUCCGGACUCGGAGCUAAACCCCGUCCGUUCACUCAGUCCACUGGCACCAAGACACGGGAAACUUCUCCUUGAUGCUGCCGCUUAAUUUGCUUAGCUUCAGAUAUCUUUACAUUUUCGUAUGCAGUAGGCCUACUGAACACCUUUCUCCCUCUCCCCCUCCCUCUCCCUAACUCACUCCGAGCGCAUACUACACACACUGACACUGGCUCCGCUACGGCUACGCAAUGAGAUAGGCUACACUUGGCCUACUCUUACAACACCAUGAAUAUAUUAGACUUAUUCUUUCAUUCAAAAAGUUCAUGGUUUUUCUUAUGAUGAUUUUAAUUUUUUUACACUUUCUGCACAGUGAGUUUGCGUGAUCUCUUUAGGUGUCUGCACCGACCUCUGUUUGUCACACUGGGAAUUAUGCUAUUUGGUCUGACAUAAAAGUUCUUCCUUUUCUGGGACAUUAAAAAGGGCGCUGUCGGAACACUAUCUAUUCAUUAAUGAUGAAUAGAUUUAUCUUCAUGCCAAUAUGGCAAUAUGCAAAGGCGCCAUUCCAAUAAGAACUCUCUGACUCUGUUCUUCAGAUAUAAACUCGUCUGAGCUCUUAGUUCAGACGUGUUAGUUCUGGACUCUUAGUUCAGAUACGUUUUAGUGUCUAUUGUAGGUCGCUUUGGAUAAAAGCGUCUGCUAAAUGCCCUAAAUAUAAAUGUAAAUUAUGUUCAUGGCCUCAAUCCCAGAUCUAAGCCAUCAACAGAUAUCGAGGAAGGAACCAUCUGGUUGCAAACCUUUAAAACAUCCAAAUCACAGAAUUUGGAAGAGCUAAAAUUCAAUAAAGUUGCAUAUUUUAGAUUAUUUUGAAAACCCUAUUUGACCAAAAGAAAAAACACGGUACUCCUCCGAUCCUCUAGGUGGCAACCCCAAACACGCUCCCAUCCAGCGAAGGAAGAAAACCUGACACAUACCACCAUACACACAAAAUGGCUGGGAAGCAGCGAUAGCCAACUAGUCCAAGCUAAAGCAAACUCCAGCCGCCCGGAGCUCCAGCGGAAGAGGUCUUUGACGUUGACAUGCUGCACGUCUCCGAAAUCCUAGCAAAACGAAGGCAUGACGACGCAGCGGUUUGAACGCAGUGGCAUCCACCUGGACCAAUCGGAACUGCUGUGCACCAAAGGAUGUGGGUUCUACGGCAACGCAGCGUGGAGAGGCCUGUGUUCAAAAUGCUGGAGAGACGAGAACCAGAAAGACAAACAGACUCAGAUUCAGGAAGACUGGGCCCUUGCAGAGAGGUUGCAGAAAGAGGAGGAGGUGGCCUACGCCAGCACCCACCAGACGGGCCCGACGCAGCCUCCCGCCUCGGGCAGGCGGGAGGAAAAGAAACCCAAGGAAAAGGCCAGUAAAGUCAAAACGGUCGCAAAACUGUUCAGCACCUCCACAAAGACACCGCCCAAAAAAGAUCACAUCUCGGGGGAGGCGACGCCCGGCUCCUCGGGGGGUCCCCGCCAUGGCCCCCCGGACCCCGACCAAGCCACGCGGGACUUCAUCGACUUCCUGAAGCCCCUGAGACCGGGCCGCGAGAUCUUCAAGCAGUGCCGAGCGUUCACGGAGAGCAUGUUCUACAAGAGGGAACUGGGUGUUGAGGAGCUCUCUGAAUGUGUCCAGGAUUUCUACCAGAAACUUUCUGACUACCUGCACACUCAGUUCAAAGGUUCGUCGGAGCAGGUGGAGAGUGUGAUGGACGAGGUGGAGCGCUACAUGAUGAGCCGUCUCUACGAGGGCGUCUUCUGCCCCGAGUCCACCGACGACGAGGACAAAGACCUGGCCAUCCAGAAGAGGAUCAGGGCAUUGCACUGGGUCACCAUGGAGAUGCUGUGCGUCCCCGUGGACGAGGAGAUUCCCGAGGUGUCGGACAGCGUGGUCAAAGCCAUCACAGACGUGAUCGAGAUGGACUCCCGGCGCGUCCCGCAGCAGAAGCUGGCCUGCAUCACGCGCUGCAGUAAGCACAUCUUCAGCGCCAUCCGGGCCACCAAGGGGGAGCCGGCGUCGGCCGACGACUUCCUGCCCGCGCUCAUCUACACGGUGCUGAAGGCCAACCCGCCGCGGCUGCAGUCCAACAUCCAGUACGUCACGCGCUUCUGCAGCCCCAGCCGCAUCAUGAGCGGAGAGGACGGAUACUACUUCACCAACCUGUGCUGCGCUGUGGCCUUCAUCGAGAAGCUGGACGGCCGCUCCCUCAACAUGAGCUCCGAGGACUUUGAGCUCCACAUGUCGGGCCAGACCCCGGCCCCCCCGCGGCCCCCAGCCCCCCCCCCCUCACUGCAGCAGGUCCAGAGCGGCCUGGACCUGCUGACCGGGCUGGGGGUCCGCCAGGAGCGCGUCAUGGAGGGGGCCCGCCGGCUGGAGAGCGACCUCAUCGACUGGAGCCAGGACGUGGAGCACAGGGUGCACGGCGCCCUGGGGGGGCCCCCCCUGGAGGCCGAGGGCCCGCCCCCGGAGACCGAGGGUCCGCCCCCGACGACCGAGGCCCCGCCCGCACCGUCGGCCAUCGACGCCGACAACGUGGAGAACGACCUCCUGCCACCGCCGCUGCUGCCACAGCUGUUUGCCGGGUGAUGGGG